AUGGAGAGAUUCGACGACCUCAUCCGCAGUCAAGCCCUACUCUCCUCCGCCGUUGCUAUCAAGCAGGCCACCAGUCCUACAAUGACGUCCACCGGCCCCGAUAAGCGUUACCGUUGUGUGACCUGUUCGCAGAGCUUUUCCCGAGCCGAACACUUGAAUCGUCAUCAAACGAGACAUACCGGUGCCAAACCGUUCUCCUGUGUGUUCUGCACUCGGAACUUCUCUCGCAAAGACCGCUUACAAAGCCAUUACUAUUCUUGUCAACGAAGAGGAGACCGUGAACCACCGAGUUCCAUUCCCAAAGGUCGACGGCCACAUGCUUGUAUUACAUGCAUCACUUCCAAGAUCCGAUGUGAUGGGAGCCUUCCCUGCGCUCAAUGCAAAAAGAAGAAAGUGCAAUGCCGCCAGAGAUCGACUGGUCGGCAGGAAAUGAAAGGUGGUCCCGCCAUACCUUUUGAAUCUAUGUACAUGGGAGCUAACCCCCCAGCAGCCGAACCAUUAGGGCCUCUCGAGGAUCGAGUAUCCAUCAAGGCGCUUUUAAAUGGGGGGAUCGAUACCUUCACCGAAAGAUUCAAUCUUCCUCCUUGCGAUGACCGGGUUCGUAGCCUUCAAUUCCACCAGCGAACCGAGGAGCCAGAUGAAGCGGAUGCAAACACCCCCUUACAGCCCAUCGAUACGUCUCCCGAUUCGAUGGAUUACGCCAGCAUAUUCGAGUCCACAUUGGAAGUCGACGAUCAAUAUCUUGAUUUUUGGACCGGUCCAUUCGCCUUCAUGCCGUCACCAUCCUACUCCGACAUGCAGAUCGAAUUAUACGAUCCCAUCAUCCUCUCUUCGGAGGCUCUGCCUGGACCCACGCCUUCUGACUCGACUCCAACACUGCCAGAUCAGCCGCAGCAUGUCUCAGCACUGAAUUUGGCCAUCUACAACAAACUCUGGUGUUUGGCUUUGGACGAAAAGACCCGCCAGGAACUUACUGGAUGUCUCAAUUUCCUUCUGAUGGGCGACAAAGUCUCCAAAUUCAUCUCCAUGUACUUCCGAAACUGGCACUUGAACUGUCCCAUUCUGCACCGACCGUCUUUUGACCCUGCGAAGGUUCCUCUUGCUCUGCUGGUGACUGUCAUGUUUAUCGGAGCCAUGUAUUCGAAAGAUCAAACGGAACGGCAUGCAGCGAAGAGAUUGCUGGAUGUGGCGGAGUUGGUGGUUUUCGAUUCCGACAUCUUCUCUUUCGAAAUGGAGGUCAGCCGAUCCCUCCAUGGCCACAACCUAGGGUCAGCUUCAAGUUUGAGUUCGAGUACGAGUUCAAGUCGACAAGAUCCAGAUUGGGAACUGUUUCAGGAGCUCCAGGCCGGCUAUUUGAUGGUUGUGGCUCAAUACUGGAGUGGGCCGACCAUUGCCAAACGCCGCGCCAUGGAAUCUAGGUUUGGACACGUCGUCAAGCUUGUCCGCAAAUACAACCUCCACCGUGUCAGACACCAGCCCUCCGACCGCAUCUCAGAAACCGCAUGGUUACAGAAGGAAUCUCGCAUCCGGACGACCUCAGUGAUUGCACUACUCGACUGUGCAAUGAAGAUCUAUUCCAACUAUCCAUGCCGCAUGACCCUGGCCGAACUCGACACGGAUCUCCCUUGCAAAGAAGCCAUUUUCAACUCACACCAUCCGUUCAUGCAAGACGACUCGAUCUUCGCUCCACGACUUACCAUUGCUCAAGCAUUUGCACUGCUCUUUGACAAAUCCAAGCCCUCCUCAACAAAAUCUGCCCUUGACCCGACCCUCAGCAGCAGCAACAAUACCGCGGCAGAUUUGGAAGCUUUGGAAUCCGCCAGCAACUGUGACCUCACGGUAUUUGAUCUGUUUAUCCUGAUUCACCAUCUCUACACAUACAUCCACACCUGUAUAAUGACUCUAUCCAUCAAUCUCCCCACAACAUCUCUGCCCCAUCGGACCAUCAACACCAAUGGCCACAAACCCACCAGCCACCUCACGGGGCCCUUGCAGCACGACAUCAAACUCGCACUAGACCGAUGGCGCCAGUUGUGGCAGGCAGUCUGCUCCCAAUCCUCCGACGAGUCGAUGAAAACUGCGGGUAUGUCUCGCAACGGAUUCAACUUCUGGCUGGUCGCCCAGUCACUCGUGAACAAAGAAGAGGCUGUCGAGGUCGUGACCGGUAUGGAAAUCAAUUGCGACGAUGCGUUGACGAAACUGAAAAUCUUGUUUCAAAACGACAAUGACAAUGACAAUGAUAAUGACAACGACAACCACAGCGAGUAA